ACGGUCCCUCCAGCCAGCUCAGCUGACAACAGCAGCGCCUCGGUAGGCAGAUGAUGAUGGCAGACUCUGGGAGCAGCGAGGAAGUGGCCGUUAUCGGAAACACCGACAUCACAUCAGCGGAGUCCGAGAACAACCUGAUAAACACGAUGGUGGAAAGAGGGACGGCGCUGUUAAGAAAAAUGGAGAUUAACGUGGCUGAGGCUGAGAAGAGAACCGGCAAAAACACAGUUAACAUGCAGGAAACGUAUACAGUCUAUCUCAUAGAAACACGCCCAGCUGACUCUGUCCCAGAAGGCGGUACGCCUGCAGCGCCUGACACUCUGUGGAGACGUUACAGUGAGUUUGAGCUGCUCAGAACAUUUCUCCUGGUCACCUACCCUUACGUCAUCAUCCCUCCAUUACCAGAGAAAAGGGCAGAGUUUGUGUGGCACAAGCUGUCAGCGGACAACUUGGACCCAGACUUUGUUGAGCGGCGGAGAGUUGGUCUGGAAAACUUCUUGCUGCGGGUUGCAUCACAUCCUGUCCUUUCCAACGACAAAAUCUUCUUCCUCUUUCUGACAGAGGAGAAGGGAUGGAGGGAGGCAGUUUUGGAGACGGGCUUUCAAGACAAGGCUGACUCCAGAUUAAAGUCUCUGAGUGCCAUGUUUAGAGUCAAGAACCCGGACAAACGAUUCACAGCUCUGAAACAGUACAGUGAUGAACUCAACACGGUCGUCUCUCAGUUACUCCGAGUGAGAGCUAGAGUAGCAGACAGACUGUAUGGAGUUUACAAGGUCCAUGGUAACUACGGCAGGGUCUUCAGUGAGUGGAGCGCGAUAGAAAAGGAGAUGGGAGAUGGACUACAGAGUGCGGGCCACCACAUGGACACGUACGCUGCAUCAAUAGACGACAUUUUAGAGGAAGAAGAGCAUUAUGCAGACCAGCUGAAAGAAUACCUCUUCUACACUGAUGCUGUCAGGUCAGUUUGCAGGAAACACGAGUUGAUCCAGUACGAGUUGGAGAUGGUCGCUCAGGAUCUCGCCAACAAGAAACAGCAGAAAGAAGAGCUGGCUACAGGGACGGUGCGCGUGUUCUCGCUGAAGGGGAUGACCAGUAAGCUGUUUGGUCAGGAGAGCCCCGAGCAGAGGGAGAGCAGGCUGGCAGCUUUGGAGCAGAGUAUUCAGGAGGGAGAGCAAACACUGAAGGAGAAGAAUAAAGAGUGCCAAGAGUUUGUGCGCACAGCCUGGGAAGACAUCGAGCGCUUCAAGGAGCAGAAGGACAAUGAUCUGCGUGAAGCUCUGAUCAGCUAUGCCAUUAUGCAGAUCAGCAUGUGUAAGAAGGGAAUCCAGGUGUGGUCCAACGCCAAGGAGUGUUUCAACAAAAUGUGAGCCACCUUCCAGCCAAUCACUGUCCUGCACCAAAGCAAUAAACAUCCAGAUUGUUGAGAGAGGGACCUGCAGAGAAAGCCCUCACAGGAUUAACACUACCUGGACAGACUUUCACCUUUCUCUCCCAACAUGCACACACACAUGCAAUAAAAUCCAAAAACAACAGCGACAUUCCUUUAAAAUUCCAGUAUGGAAAUAUUUUCCCGUGCCUCUCUGCUCAUGCAGACUUAACUAGUAAAGAUGAUCCUAAUCAA